UAAAAUGACCGGCGGAAUCCAAAUCUGCAAGAACCAGAUCGCUACGACUAACCCUUUAGAAAAUAUCGUCAAAAAUUUAGUCUUUCUAUAAUUUGUCAUAAACAAACUUUCUUCAUUAUUUUCAAGUAUUUUACAGUUAUUUCUUUAGGAUUGAGUGUUUCUAACGUAAAAUGACCGGCGGAAUCCAAAUCUGCAAGAAUCAGAUCGUUACGACUAACCAUUUAGAAAAUAUCGCUUACGACUUUGAGAACUUUAAGAAGAAACUGAAGCAGCUGAACCGAGACAUUAUAUCAACAAAUGACCCAUCUAACCAAUUCAUGAUUUACGAGGAGUUUAAAACAAUAGUGUUGCAAAUAAAACAAUCUUCGUUAUCACCAAAAAAAAAGAGUGAAUUGGAUGUGGACGUUUUGCAACUCAAAGAUUAUUUCAAAUCUCUUGGCUUUACGGAAGUUGUAGAAAAUGCACCGGAAAGUUGUACUCCAUAUAGAGGCGACCAAAGAGAACUACAUAAAAAGAAUGCUUUACCACUUCCUCAUACGUACAAGGAUUGUGGAGAAACUUAUUACAAACAUUUAAAUUCAAAGAACAAUGAACGAUUUUCAAACACCACAGAGGCUCACCACCAUCAAGUAGAGCACUUAGAACAACAAUUUCGGAAUGUGGUUUUAUUUACUCCCAGAAAGGAGGGAUCGCCACAUGCCGACCAAACUAAAAUGAGAAAAGAUCAAGAUACGCAAACGUGUUUCUCACAACACCCAUAUCAGCAAACAUCAAGUUACAGUUUUGUUAAACGGGGUGAAGUAAGAAAAUACGGAAACAAUACUUUUGGAGGAGUUUCCACAAGUUAUGAAAGGAAAAAUUCUCCACAAAAUAAACAAGAGAACGAUUUUAUGGGCCUAUGUAACUCAAAACAAGCAGCAAACCCCUCGAAUUUCUCCAGUCCGACUUUACCGAAAAAAUACCCAGACGAGAAUGAAAUAAACCUCAACUCAAUCGUAGCCUCAGUCGAGCAAAUUCGCGAAUUGAUACGAAAUGGGCAAGUUUUCCCGCAAGAUUUUAACAAGUUACAUGCACGUCUUGCGGAUUAUUCCCACAGACUUAGCAGUAUUUCAAAAAAAUUCCAAAAAGAAAAGGUCAAUUCGGCUCAAAAAGUCGUUUCUUUGGCCACGACUGAGUUGCUGCAACUGCCAGAACAGAAAGAUUUUAUUGCGAGAUUUUUUACGACUCCACCGUCACAAGGGUCGCCUGUGAGACAGAGAAAAAAUCCAGGAACUUCGAAAGACAUUGGAAUUAAGCUGGAAGCCAGGAGUGAUGUUCCAGUCAUCGCAGAAACCUCAUUUGGACAUCUGGAGACUAGACAAAGUCUAAGUAAAGACGGGAACGUUUUAGCAAAUAUUUCUGAGGGUAAAACUGAAAAAACAAGUUUUGUGUACCGAGGCCGUGGAAGAGGUAACGCGAAGGAUUUCCCCUACAGGCGUAAGGAAUCAGAAAAAAAGACUGAUAACAUUAAAGAGUUGCAAAAAUUGCAAAUUGGGUCAAGCUCUGAUCAAACAAUUAGCCCUAAUUAUACUCUUGUCAGUAAUUAUCAAAAUGGUUCACUUGACCAAACGACUACUGAAGAUACAGUCAAGAACAACUCUUUCGAAGUAGCAGAUGAAGCAAAAGAAGAACCACCUCUGGAAAUCCUCGACAUCCAUCAAUUCUUCUGUGACGAUUACGAUAUCAAUAGUUUGAGCCAAAUUGAAAGUAAAGCCGAAAAACUUGAGACCAUCCUCAAAUGGGCCCAAACUUUCCAAACCAAAGUGUCAAGUUUUAAGGAAUCGCGAGACUCUAUCGAGUAUUUUGUCUUGGACGAAAAACUGAUGCGUCUGAUUGAAGCCAUUGACAAGAUCAAAUGCCAGGAAGAACCCGAGAUUACAGCGAGGAAAAUCCAAGUUAUUGCAUACAUUAACCAAUUACAUAAUACUCUAGAUUGUAACGCUACUGAAUAAACCAAAGUUUUUGGAA